GUUGAGAUGAGGAGGUCCUGCCCCCACUCAGUCCUCCACAUACAGCCCAGGGGAUGAGGAUCAUUUUUGUUCUGAUUUUCUCCUGAAUCCUGACCACCCCAGGGACCCUCCACAGGACCUGUUCUCCCUCCUGAUGGGUCUGUUGGUCUCUCUUCCUGGAGGGAUUCCGGACAUGGACUGGGUCCUGCUUCUGCUGCUGCCAACAGCAUGCCUGCAAGCUGGGAACCCAGCAGGAUCCAACAGAGAAAAGCUUUAUGGAUUUGGUCAGCCAAUGCGCAUCUCUGGAGUCCAGGGCGGCUCCAUCGAGAUCCCCUUCUUCUUCUAUUUCCCCUGGGAGUUGGCAAAGGAUCCACAGAUGAGGAUUCUCUGGAGAUGGAAGAACUACCAUGGAGAAUUUAUCUACAACUCCUCCUCGGGUUUCAUCCAUGAGCAUUUCAAGGGCCGGCUCAUCCUGAACUGGACACAGCCUCAGACAUCCGGAGUCCUCAGAAUCCUGGACUUGAAGGAGAAGGACCAGACAGUGUACUUCUGCCGAGUUCAUCUGAAAACAAAAGAACGCAUGGAGAGUUUUCAGUCGAUCAAUGGGACCCAACUCACCUUCACUCCUGCAGUCAGAACCAUCACGAAGAGCCCCUCCAUCAUCACCUCUGCAGUCACCACGGCUGGACUGGAGGACACAGAGGGCCAGAGGAAUCCUUCUCUUGUGAGCCUGGGAGCCACGGUCGGGGUGGUGGUGGCCACGGCUGUGCUCAUAACCCCCGUCUAUGUGAUGCUGAUCUUCCUCUGGUGGAAGAAAAGGCCAGCAGACUAAAGCUGAAACCCAGCCAGGUGAGCAGCUGUCAUCCCAAGGAGCAGGCACAGCAUUGUCUGUUCGUCCCCAGUUAACAGAACUCCAGGGACCAGCAUCGCUCACCAGGGUGGUGAGUUCCCAUCAAAGUAGGGAUUGGUGGCUACACAACCUGUGUCUCUAGCCCUUCCCUGACCACGGCCUGGGAAUCAGAGAGCAUGGCUGCAGGCCUGUGUUGUGAAACAUCUGUCCAUGGACAAGUACAAGAAGAGAUCCCCACUCCUGCCAUGUGCGCUCUGACUUCCUUUCCUCAGAACCCAGGUCAAUCUUUCUGUCUUUUGUCCUGGGAUCCCAACUGUACUGUUUCCUAUCUGUCCAUGGA